AUGAGCAGACAAGCCUACAAGAAGUCCUUCGGCUGCGGGAGCCAGGGCUUCUCCGGCCACUCGGCUGUGGUAUCUGGCAGCAGCAGGAGGAGCUGUGUGGCACGCACUGGGGCAGUCAGUGGAGGAGCUUGUGGGUUCCGGAGCGGAGCCGGUAGCUUUGGCAGUCAGAGCCUCUACAGCCUGGGUGGCAGCAGAAGUAUCUCUAUUAGUGUGGCUGGUGGCUCCCAGACUGGUGGCCUCGGUGGAGGGCGUGGCAGCGCUGGCAGUGGCUUUGGAGGUGGCUUUGGGGGAGUUUCUGGAUUUGGAGGAGCUAGUGGUUUUGGUAAGCCCGGUGGCUUUGGCCCCAGUGGCUGCCCUGGGGGGAUCCAGGAAGUGACCAUCAACCAGAGCCUCCUGCAGCCCCUCAAUGUGGAGAUCGACCCCCAGAUUGGGCAAGUGAAGGCCCAGGAGCGUGAACAGAUCAAGACCCUCAACAACAAAUUCGCCUCCUUCAUUGACAAGGUGCGCUUCUUGGAGCAGCAGAACAAGAUCCUGGAGAUCAAGUGGGAGCUGCUCCGGCAGCAGACCACAGGCGCUGGCUCAGGGCCCCAGAGCCUGGAACCUUUGUUUGAAUCCUACAUCAGCUGCUUGCGCAAGCAGUUGGAUUCCCUUCUCGGGGAGAAGGGAAGCCUGGAGGGAGAAUUGAGGAGCAUGCAAGACCUGGUGGAAGACUUCAAAAAGAGGUAUGAAGAGGAAGUCAACAGGCGCACUGCCGCUGAGAAUGAGUUUGUGGGGCUGAAGAAGGAUGUGGACGGUGCUUUCAUGAGCAAGGUGGAGCUGCAGGCUAAAGUGAACAGUCUGACGGAUGAAAUUGACUUUCUGAGGACCCUCUAUGACAUGGAGCUGUCCCAGAUGCAGAGCCAUGUCAGUGACACAUCUGUGAUCCUGUCCAUGGACAACAACCGCUUCCUGGACCUGGACAGCAUCAUCUCUGAGGUCAAGGCGCAGUAUGAGGAGAUUGCCCAGAGGAGUAAGGCUGAGGCUGAGGCCCUGUACCAGACCAAGCUUGGGGAAUUGCAGACCACAGCCGGCAGGCACGGGGAUGACCUAAAGAGCACCAAGAGCGAGAUCAUGGAUCUCAACAGGAUGAUCCAGAGACUCCGAGCCGAGAUUGAGAACGUCAAGAAGCAGAACACCAACCUGCAGACAUCCAUUGCAGAAGCUGAACAGCGCGGCGAGGUGGCCCUCAAGGAUGCUGAUGCCAAAUUCCAGGACUUGCAGGCCGCCUUGCAGAAGGCCAAGGAUGACCUGGCCCGGCUGCUGCGUGACUACCAGGAGCUGAUGAACGUCAAGCUGGCCCUGGAUGUGGAGAUUGCCACCUACAGGAAGCUGCUGGAGGGCGAGGAGAGCAGGAUGUCUGGAGAAUGCCAGAGUGCCGUGAGCAUUUCAGUGGUCAGCAAUGUUACCAGCACAAGCAGCAGCUCUGGAGGCUUCAGAGGGGCCAGUGGCAGCAGCAGUGGCUCCAGAAGUGGCAGCAGCAGUGGUGGCUUCAGAGGGGCCAACAGCAGUGGAAGCAGCAGCAGCAGCAACAGGGAGAGCACUGGGAGCAGGCUUGGCAGUGAAGGCAGCAUCUCUGUAAGCCAGCGAGGAAUGGGCUUUAACUCUGGUGGCACCCAGGCCUCCACUGGCGGCAGCUACAAGUCUGCCAGAGGAGGCGGCAGCAGUGUCCACUUUUCCCAGACCACCAGCUCCAGCCAGCAGCGCUCCAAGUGA